GGGUAUUAAGUACAUAUUCAUUUUCGGUCGAACAAAAUAGUGUUUGAGAACAUGUACAUUUACUUACGAACAGAAUUAUACCAACAAAACAAUUGAGUAUUUGGCUUUUAAAUAGGAAAACAUUUUUAAAAAUGCCUUAUUACGAGGUGAGAGUAACGACUGGGGACAAGACAGGUGCCGGCACAGACUGCAACUGUGAUAUAGUACUUCUAGGUAAAAAUGGAGAGCACACGAAAACUGCGAAAUUAGAUAACUGGUCGAGUAAUGAUUUUGAGCGUGCCCAGGUGGAUGUCUUUAAGUUCAAAGAUGAUGUAGAUAUACCCGAAGUAACUGAGAUCAAGUUACGAAGAGACCAGGCAGGGUUGUUCAGCGAUUGGUUUGUUGAUAAAAUAGAAGUGCUUAACCUAAAGAGCGGAGUUGCGUCUGUUUUUCCGAUCAUACGAUGGAUUCGACCUGGUGUCGCUUUCUACGUACGAAAAUAUGAUACAUUUUUACCUCAGUUUGAUCCAAGACUCGAUCAGAGAAAUGCAGAACUUCAAGAAAAAAGACAACUGUAUGAAUAUGAGGAGAAGAUUUUAGGUCUGCCUGUACAGGUUAAAAAGGUUCCAGAAGAUGAGGAGUUCUCUAUCUGUAAAAAGUGGGACAUAUAUGAAAGAAAUACCAUAUUGAUCGCUGGAAAAACAGUUGAAAUGAUCUUAGGUGGUGGAUCAUGGAAAGACUUAGAAGACUUGAAAGACACUGUUUCUUGCCAAAUGUUUGGACAGCCAAAGGAUAUGCAUUAUUGGGAAAGUGAUGAACACUUUGGUUGGCAACGAUUAAAUAGCGUCAACCCAAACUUGAUUCGUCUUUGCACAAAAAUACCGACCAAGUUUGGGGUGACCGAUGAAAAUUUAAAACCCUUUCUCGAAGGAUUAACCAUAUCUCUAGCCAUCUCAAAGAAACGAUUAUUCAUCGUUGAUUUUGAGAUCCUUGUUGGAAUAACCUGCUUAGAGGAGUAUAUAUGUCCUGCUCCAAUUGCUUUGUUCUUUGUUAACAAUAAGGGACAUUUAGUACCUGUAGCAAUACAACUGUUUCAACAGAAAGGUUCAGACAACCCGGUUUUUCUACCAAGUGAUCCAAAAUAUACCUGGCAAAUCGUCAAAAUGUGGUACAAUGUGGCUGAUUCGAACUACCAUCAAGCUAUCACACACCUGGGUAACACACACUUUCUGAUGGAGGGAAUCUGCAUUGCGGCCAAUAGAUGUCUUUCUCCGUCACAUCCAAUGUUUAAGUUGAUGGCUCCUCAUUUUCUUCACAUCAUUGCCAUAAACAAUCUUGGUCUUGGCUUUUUGGUUUCACCUGGAGGAUGGAUUGAUAAAACAAUGGCCAUUGGAAACAUGGGUGUCUUUGAGCUAGCAGCAAAGGGAGCAAGAUCUUGGCGAAUGGACUGUGAUGGACGAUAUCCAGAAUUUUUGAAGAGCAGAGGGCUUUAUUGCAAAGAUGGAUCCAUACUUCCGAUGUUUUACCAACGAGACGAUAUGAUGGCCUUGUACGACGCCAUUAAUAACUAUGUUACAAAAUACGUCAACCUAUACUAUGACUCAAGUCAGAAAAUUGAAUCUGAUGUGGAAAUUCAGAAUUUUGGACAAGAACUUGUCAAGGGAAAAUCGAAAGGAGGAUGUGGGCUAGUAGGUGUACCUUUUAAGGACGAAAAAUUCAGCACACCUGAUCAGCUAAUCUUAGUCUUCACGUGUGCAAUUUUCACCAGCAGCGUAGUGCAUGCAGCAGCAAACUUCUCGCAAUAUGAUGCCUAUGGAUUUCCUCCAAACUAUCCUCUUAAACUUAAAGGAGCUCCACCAAAGAAUAAAGACCAAAUGAAAGAAGAAGACAUCAUAAAAUGCCUAGCAGAUAAGUCCUCGAUUCUAGACACCAUGGUCAUUACAACAAUUCUUAGUGAAAGAACUAACAAUGCUUUGGGAGACUUUGAAGUUACCUAUACGUAUGAUCCAGCUGCUGUGGAUAUUGUAGAGGAGUUUAAAAAAGAACUGCAGGACAUUAAAACUAAAAUUCAACAAAGAAAUGAGAAGUUAGAACGAGGCUAUGAUUACCUAUUGCCGACAGAAAUCCCAAAUUCAAUCAGUAUCUAGUGGUAGCCGAAUGCAUGAACAAACCAAGAAGACAUUCUAAAAUAAAUUUAUGAAAGAAACUUCCUUGAAAAAAAAGUGGCAUAUGUAAUUACGCAUGACAAUUCAUAAUCAAGUAAUUACGCACACUUAUUAUCACAAAAACACUUCCCAUCCUGUUUCAAGUAUUUUCUUUUAAAAAAAAUUAAUGUUAACCUUUUACUAAAAAGAAGUGACAGGCAGUCAUUUAUAAAAUAAAAAUUCAGAUGCGUUAAAUCAAUAAAGUAAAUGCCUUCUUAUAAAGCUGGACCCAAUUAUUUUAAUAUCUGGAAAUGUAUACGUAUCACUGUUUGUUCUCGAUUUUUCUAAAUCGAAAAUAUAAUGGCCAUUUCUAUAAUAAAAUAAAAUUUUCUCAUAUAUUUAAUGUUCAAUAAAACAGAACCAUCUUGAAAGUGUAUUAAAAUACGAACAUUAGUGUGAUCUCAAAAAAUUAUAUUUCCUUUUUAUUUCUCUAAUAAAUAAUAUUUGUUCAUAAUUGUUGAUGUGUGCUAUCAAAAUUUAAAAAAAAGCAUGUAUUUUGUUGAUUCAAAUUGUGUUUGCUUAUAUUCCUUUUAUAUUACUUUUAAUUGUAAAACCUGAUUGGUCCAAUUUAAUAUAAAAAAUUUCAAUUACUUUAGAACAUGUAAAUAGUGUGCAGUUAUUGUUUUAGAGGAUGAAGAACACUUUUUAAUACGUUUUGAAUUGUAUUGUGAUUUGCGUUUUGAUCUAUUUGCACAGUCCAAAAACAUUGAAGUAAGUUUUGAAGAUUUUGUUUAAAAUGAUAAGUUAUAUUUUUUAAUGAGUAACUCAAAUAUACAAGAUAUUUUAGCCAAAACACUUAUUUAUUGUAUAUACGAAGGAAACAUGCAAAAGCAUAAUUUUGCUUAAUGAGUAUUUUGUAUGCCAAGGGGCAUAACAUGACCUAUUUUUAGUGUCUCAUAUGUGUUUUAAGGCAGGAUGCCAAUAUUUCAUACAUUGUAUCUAUAAGCAAUUUUACUUGUAAUAUUAAUUUUGGCAUGUGACACUUAAAUAAACAGUUACUUACUUAC